AUGUCUCAGCUCAUUCCAAGCACCAUACCCCUUCGAACUUUUAAAGAUCAUACAGGCACCGUAUUCGCGGUAGCUGUUUUCCCUGAUAGACGACGAAUGGUCACAGGCUCCUACGACAAGACGCUUCGUCUGUGGGACUUGCAAACUGGUGCAGUGUUGAAGAAGAUGGAGGGGCAUCGCGAUAAGCUGCGGGGAUUGGCGGUAUCACGAAAUGGGCGAAUGAUAGCAAGCGGUGAUACUGGUGGAGAGUUCAUGGCCUGGCACGGAGAAACUGGGGAACCUCUAACCAAAGAAGUUAUCCGAGCCCACUCUAGUUAUAUUUCAUCGAUGGAUUUUUCUCUCGAUGGAACAACGCUUGUCAGUGGUUCAGGAGACACAACAACGAAGCUGUGGAACACGAAAACAUGGCAAGUAGAAGGAAAUCCAAUCAAGUGUAGUAAUUCGGUUCGCUGCGUUCGGUAUUCGCCAUCUGGUGAACAUCUCGGCAUCGCGACAGACACUCAUAUCGAAAUUUAUAAAAGUUAUGGGACGAGGGAACGCGUCGCAAUCUUCAAGGGUCACACAAAAUGCAACUGGUCACUCGUGUGGACGCUCGAUAGCAAACGCCUUCUCUCAGGGGGAGAUGAAAAGGAUCCCACUAUACGGGAGUGGGAUACAUCGAACUGGCAGCAGGUCGGCGGUCCUUGGACGGGCCACACUCAUCAUGUCUACAACAUUGCCAUUCAUCCGGCGGGGAGAUACAUCGCUUCUGCAUCUGACGACAACCAUGUCCGUCUCUGGCAGCUCUCAGAUCAACGAACCAUUGCUAUAUUCCAGCACUCAUCCGCAACGGCAUGCGUCACUUUCUCCAUGAGCGGCAAGCACAUCCUCAGCGGAGGUGGUGAUACUAUGAUUUCAGAGUGGGAAGCACCCAAGGGCGUGAAUUUAGAGAUACUCUCCUUCAAUGCAACUGCCCGCGAUGCAUGCAUCACAGGGGAUUUGUCUACCGCUAAAGAGGUUUUUACACAGGAGAUCGACGCUGAUGUAAACAACUACACCUCGUAUGCCAACCGUUCAUUCGUCAUCGCGCGAGAAUACGACUGGGAUCACGCGCUUGAUGAUGCAAGCAAGUCCGUCGCCAUUCAGCCUUCCUUGGCAGGUCAUGUCUCCAAGGGCAUCGCCUUAUGCGGACAAGGGAAGGUCCAGGAUGCAACGAUAGAAUUUGACCUCGCGUUCAUGUUCGCGAACGAAGAUUCAAAAAUUGCCAUCGCUAUUUUUAAUGCUGGUCAACACAAAGAGGUAAUUCUCCGCGUCCGGAAGUUAGCUGCAGUUUGUCCGAAUAACGACACUCUUGCUUGCUGUGCCGUAGAAGCAUAUCUAUGCGUUCAGCUCGGAAUCAAUGCCGCGAAUCAUAACGAAGCUGUUGACUAUUUCAUUGCUGCUGUCGAUGCCAGCGCUUUCUCAUCUACAUUGCCCAUUAAUUCUAUAUACGAGGACCUAGUGGUGCUCUUUGGAUGGGACUUGAAGUCCUUGUGGAAAAAUGCACGCCAGAAACAGUGUGAUGCACUCCGUCAGGCAGGUAGGCAUGAAGAAGCUGUGGAAUCGCACCGACGCAUGAUGGAUACGAGUGACGAAGAUACAAAGGCCAACUGCCUUGACUGGUCCAACGCUUUCAUGCAAGAAUACAGUGCGCCCUAUAUUGCCAAUGGAGAUGCUGCCUUCGCCGCAAGUGAUUACGAAAAGGCUAUUAAAUAUACACUAUGGCAAUCGACCUCAAUUAUGGAAGUGACACCAUAUUUGCAAACCGCAGUCAUUGAACUCAACCCGUCGUCUUAUGUUGGAUACCAGAGGAAGUAUGUAGCACUUUAUGGCGCAAAAAACUACAAGGAAGCUAUGGCGGCCUGUCAAAUGAUGAUCGCCAAAUUGGAAAGUGCUCAUGACAUGCAAAUACGAACUCUGCGCGAGAAAUAUGGCAUUCCCUCCGAAAAAGAAGGUGUCAUUCGAAAGGUCAUUGACAUUCAACUCGACACCGCUCCGCUUCGUCUACUCAACACCGCUACCGGACUCUUAUGUGACCGAGAAGCGCAGAUAAACGCCUUCAAAACAAGCGCAGAAUAUAACGAGCUUCUGUUGUCAUUGACUGUGAAGCAUCCAGAUAUCCGACUGGAGCAUAUCACAGAAGUGGUGGUGACAUACUUCCGUUGCGUCAUGCUGUCGCAUAGGUGGGAAGGGACAGAGCCUUUGCUGCACCACAUCAAGGACAAGGUCGUGUACGAGAUGAUGGCAGCUGGCGGUCUCGUGAAGUUGCAGUCAUUCUGCAAAAUUGCUCGUAAGGCAGGGUAUCAUUGGGCGUGGGUCGAUUCGUGUUGCAUCGACCAACAUAACAAUGUUGAACUUCAAAAAUCGCUGAACUCGAUGUUUGCCUGGUAUCAUGAUUCCGCUCUCACGGUUGUCUACCUCUCGGAUGUUCCGCCUUUGUCCAGGUCUGGUGCGCUGGCGAAGAGUGCUUGGAACACCCGAGGAUGGACUGUACCAGAAUUCCUGGCUCCUAAAGAGUCUGACAAGAUCAUGCAUGAGUUGCAGGAUGCGACGGGCAUAGAUGCACGCACCCUCGUCGCCUUCCAACCGGGGAUGAGAGAUGCCCGCGAGAAACUCCAAUGGGUGUCUAUGCGUGUCACCACGGUGCCGGAAGACAUCGCAUACUCAUUGUUUGGCAUCUUCGGCGUCCAACUUCCUAUCCUUUAUGGUGAGAAUAAGCAAAAUGCGCUCGGGCGGCUUCUGCAGGAGAUUGUGGCUCGGUCGGGCGACAUUACUGCCCUCAACUGGGUCGGACAGCCAUCCCAGUUCAAUAGUUGUCUUCCAGCCAACAUUUCCUCAUAUGCAGCUCCACCAUGUGCCCUUCCGUCUUUAUCUGAAGAUGAAAUUCAGAUAGCAGUCUCUUCGCUGCGAAACACUGUGGCUGCGGAGUUGGCUUCGGAACUCUAUUACCAGCUUGAUAGCAUAAGCUGCUCCUCGCUUCACGGCCUGCAGACUGCAUCUGCAUUGCAUCGCAUUCCGUAUCACAGAAACGGGCUUCACGACCUGCUCCUCACCACGAAAGAGACAUUGAAUCAGUUCACGCCAGCAAAGCCCCCUCUGCAGACAUUCUUAUUUGUCCUUCCAUGGGAUCGUCGCCUCCUCGAGCUACCCGACUUCGCAGAAGUGCCUGACUUUGGAGACGACACGCAAAGCGAGGGUACGAAUUAUUGGUCCGCGCCUGGGUCCCCGAUAGACGAGUUGCCGGGCGGUUCUCCUGUAGAACAGGAGCCGGUUGAUUCGGAACCAUACUCACGGGCGCUGCGAGUGAUCGUUCGCCUUGGACAGCCGUUCAGCGCAUUUCUAUUAGCGCGGCAGCGUGGCGGAGAAUACAAGAGGAUCGCGUCCGAUUUUGAUAUCAUUGCACAAGUCCAAAACGUGGCCUCUGUUCAAAAUAUCAUGGACGGAGUCCGGACCCUAGAAAUAUUGUAGCUGUAAGUAUUUCUUUCGAAGACUGGGGAUCUCUGAGCAAUUGACACCGACAGGCUUGAAAAUAUACAUGCAUACGCAGGUGGUCUACGAUUCGUUCCAAGUCAAAGUACAUUGGAGACCAAUUAUUCAUUUUAUCACGCACUAGUACUUUAUGCCCGUUUAUCUCUCCUCACAAAACCACAUUCGCUCGGCACCCUCGAAUUUACGCCUCCUCUUCGUAAAGCCCGAUGAGCAGCAGUACACGAACUAAUACCCAUUUAUCACAUUCGGCUAUCACGACUUAAACGCCGAUAGCCAUGUCCGUUACUUCCCUGAUGCGACUCAAGUAACGACUAGAAUUGCGUGAGUGGUCUUAUUGCUUUAGAUUGCUAUAUAUUACUUUGUAUCGUAAUGUACAGGAAAGAAGCAUUGGGCUUACAAAAUACUACAAUAUCUACUAAUGUCUGAGUCUCACCGGUUUACUGAUGGCC